AUGGGGCAGAGUGGAAGUGAAAUGCAGUUAUCGGCGAUAUUGCUGGUUUUGCUUCAUUUAUCAAUGCACGUAGUCGAUGAGGGACAGGCGGUUAAUCCAAGUUGUUCGUGUAUUCGCUUCACAUCAACACACGGCAAGGAAAGAGGCACUUUCAGCAGUCCCGACUAUCCACUACCCUACCCAAAAGACAUCUGUCUUCUUUACACAUUCAUCGCGGCCCCACAUCAAAUUGUUGAACUAAUGUUCACUGAUUUCGAUGUGUUUAAGGAAGAUCUUGAG